AUGUCACUUAUUAAUCGUUUUCUUCCAGAACUGAAUCGAGCAUUUACACUAUUUGAUGAGCCAUUCUUUACUAAUGUAGCUCGUCGUUAUCCUUCUUCUCUUCCAACCUUAUCGGAUCGAUUUACUUUCCCAAAUCUCUAUCGUCCUAACGUUGACGUAUCAGAAACCGAUAAAAACUAUGUUGUUGAAGCUGAAGUUCCUGGUAUGAAAAAAGAAGAUUUGUCUGUGGAGUUCUUGGACGAUAAUACUCUCGUUUUGAAAGGUAAAAUUGAGAGAGGAGCUCCGGCAGAGGAAAUGAGAACCGUCGAUGCUACUGGUGUAGCUGAAGGUAGUACAACCGAGCCCAACACAACCGGAGAAGUAGUUGAGGCUGGUGGUGCUGUUAUAGAUGAACCAAAACUUUGGACUUCUGAAAGAAUGAGGGGUCAUUUUCAACGUUCAUUCCAAUUUCCUAGUAAAAUUGAUCAUGAGAAUUCAAAAGCUUCUUAUAAAGAUGGUAUUUUGUCGAUCUUCGUUCCAAAGAUUGAAAGACAUGGAAAACAAAUUUCAAUUGAAUGA